AUGAGGGAUUCUUGGUCCCAGCUAGGACAAAAUCGUCUUGUUUCUUUUCAGACGUUCAAAUUCGUUCCAUUAGUAUGGCUGCACCAUCUGAUGGACGCAAGGAAAAUUGGUGACUCAAUUGUACACAUUUUUAUUCUCGUCGCUAUGGCGGUGCAGCGUAUGCAGGAAAAUAUGUCAGUCGAUCACCAGUCGAGCUCUGUCUUGCAAAAUGAGGCGCUCCUUUUGGACUUUGCUUGGGAGCGGCUAAAUACGGGGCAUUUCUCCGAAGUUGAUCAGUGUUGGAGGCUUCUUUAUGCUGCUACUUCAUUGGUGAAGUCCGUACGAUUGGCUUCGGAAGAACAGUAUUUGAAUGCAAUCGCUGCGGCUGAUUUUGGCUUGCUGAUGGGAGAUGGAAUCCCGGAUCAACUCCUGCAGAGAUAUGCUCAGUUUUGUGACAGCCUUCUUCCGGCUCCAUCAAAAUUUACAGAAAGUGAUCUGGUUCUCUCGGUACCAAGAAGUUUACCCAAUUCUGUCCCUAUCAAGACGUUUGACGAACUGUCAAAGUGGGAUUUCAUUGAUCAGUUUCUCGCACGAGCUGAACCGGUCAUCGUCAGAGGCCUCAACAACCACUGGCCAGCAUGUAGAACCUGGAAGUGCGUUUUCGUUCAACAUCUUUCAGAUUUUCAUUCUGCUUCGACUACCUUCAUCGAAAUUCUUUGCCGUCGCGUCGUUCCUGUAGAACAGGGCUCUAAAUAUACGGACAAUGACUGGGCUCAAAAACUCAUGACCGGCUCAGAAUUCUUCAGUUCACUUCGUGAAGAUCAGUUUAUUAAAUGUGAAGUGAAUUGA